UCUGCCGUGGCAGCGAGCUGUAAAGCAGUUCGCCAGUUUGCUCACUCUUUAACACACACAGAAUAUUAAAAAGUUGGACAAAGUCUGCUGCGCCUCUGAGACACCCAACGCCAGGAACUCACUCGUGGACGUCGGACCCUCUCUCAGACGCGCGCGCACACACACACACACACCCCCUCUCUCUCUUUCUACCUCUCUCUCUCUCUCUCUCCCUCACUCUCACUCUCUCACUCACCAUACCCUCUCCUGACAGAGAAGACACAGGACCCUCCAACAGCCACCAUCUCCUCAGUCAACCUCUGCCAGUCACUACUGCCCAGGAUGUGGGCUCUCUUCGUCGGGCUCACCUUUGGAUUACUGGCCUCAGCCAGGUCAAUCACAACUGAAGUUAAGUCCCGAAGUUGCAGUUAUCAUGGUGUGUUCCACGUGGAAGGCCCUGAUCGCUACAACCUUACAUAUGGCGAUGCAGAGUCUCUGUGCCAGUCCCUGGGCACCACACUGGCAACAGAGGAGCAGGUCCGCAAUGCUUACAACAACAACAUGGAGACCUGUAGGUAUGGGUGGACUGCUAAUAUGAGCAUCAGCAUUCUGCGACAAAAACCACAUGAAAAAUGCUACUUGAACCAGACUGGCAUCGGAAUCAAGCCUGCAAACUCAAGCGACCUUAGCGAUGCUUACUGUUAUAAUGAAACAGAUUCAACUGGGGAGAACUGUGAAAAAGCCAUCAACCCUUUGUCUACAAAACCUGACAGCAGUGAAGCUGCUGCCACUGAGACACCUUCCUCUGGAGAGAUCACAGACAGCCCAGAUACCACAGCUGAGCCCAUGUUAGAACCGGACCUGGUCCCGGUCAACGCGAUCACUGACACUAUGGAACCAGAAGAGCACAACGAGACCACCACACUGGGAGACAUGGGGGAGGAGCCCACGUAUGCGUCCGACCUUAGCACGGAGGAGGGUGUGAUCAGCGAGAGGGGGUUCAACACAACACCAGUGACCCCAGAAGAGGACCAGAGAAACAGCCCGACGGGAAAGACCACUAUCUUGUUUCAGGACGACACUACGGGAUCAGGGAUCCUGCCCCCCGACGGCCCAGAGAUACCUACCAAUACGAUGACGAUGAAACCAACAGCCCAGCCCAGCAACACAGAUAUCCCGAAAGCGAAUGUGGAUGAACUGGGGCAAACUGACAAGCAGGAGGAGAAGGAGGGCAAUGAUUGGUUGGUCAUUAUUGGAGUGCUGGUGGCACUUGCAGCAAUUGUUCUUGUUUGUGCCGCUGUUGUGACAAGGAAAAGAUGGUGUGGAAAGCACCAGACGCUUAACAUCAGCAAGAACAGCGGCAGCGAGGGCAACGGGUCAGCGGCGGCGGUGGUCGGCUCCCGCGCCGAGGAGCGCGAGCAGGAGAUGGUGACGCUCAUGAACAAGGAGAAGAUCCAAGAGAACGGCAACGCAGAAGAGUUCACCGCCAUCACCAUGGAGGGCUCCUCGGAGAAGCCGUGAAGAGAAGGGGCCAGGCAGAGCCCUGUGGGCGAGCCAAAGAGAAAGAGAAAGAGAAAGAGAGUAUGUGUGUGUGUGUGUGUGUGUGUGUGUGUGUGUGUGUGUGUGAGAGAGAGAGAGGGUGAGCGGUAACAGCAGCUAGAAGGCAGGGGACAUGUGCUGAGAGUGAGUGUGGAGGAGCAGAGAGAUGAGCAGAGCGACAGCCUGAAACUGAAAUCUGAGGCUGCCCAACAGCUUGUGAGGAUUUUGCUUGAAUGCACACACACUUUGUGUAUUUGCCUCUGUAUGUGUAUAUGUGUGUGUGUGUGUGUGUGUGUGUGUGUGUGUGUGUGUGUGUGUGUGUGUGUGUGUGUGUGUGUGUGUGUGCGUGCGAUUGUAUGAAUAUAGAUGAAGAGAGAUAUAGUGAGAGUGUGAAUGCAUGUUUAUGUGUAUGCAUACAUAUAUGUAUUGGUAUGUGUAUGUGUGAGUAUUGGGGGGGAUGGGCAGUGUAUAGAUUGUAAUGUUAGGGUCAGUCAGUCUAUUUCUUACUGAAAAAAGAGAAAACAAAACAAGACAGUGGGAAUUGAAAUGUUACAUCGAAGCAUGGACAUAUUUGUCCUUUCUAUAAGUGAGAGGUUCUAUAUAUGGUCCUUUCUAUAAUUGAGAGGUUCACUGUGGAUUCUCCCAUGGUUUUAUGUCCCCCAUCACUGAAGUGGAGACCCAAUUUAUCAUAGAGUUCACUGAUAUAUAUUAUCUCUGAACUCACUGAUUCACACCAAACUGUGUUGCAAGCAACAUUCAGUGGGGUGGGCAGGUCGGUCAGAGGUCAGGUAGGAGGGAUGAUGUAUUUGGGGCUGGGGUGUGUAUGGAACAUGCAGGGUGGAGGGAGGGGGGAAUAAAUGAUAAUCGAGUUAAAGAUAUUGUUUCAAAGCUGUACAUAGGGCGCUCAGAGCAAUGGUUUUUAAUAAGCUUGGCCUUAGGAUGUUUCAGGUUAGGAAUAGAGACAGAACAGGCAAUACUGUGGCGAGGGGACAAUGGUGGCUGAAUGAUAAUUCAGGAUUUCUAAAAGUUUUUUUUUGUUUUUGUUUUUCCUGCUGAAACAGUUUGAAAAUGGACAGAGCAGUCCACAGGAAAUUGUUUGAGUGUUUUCUGUUUUCAGUGUAUUUCAAUUGUUAUUUCUUUCCAUUAACAUAUUGUGUAUGUUUCAUAUUGUUUCCUGUGGAUUUGGGAUUUUUAUGUUUUAGAUCAAGACAACAAGACGUCACUAUUUUAAUUUAUGAUUUUUGGCUGGUUGUUUGUGUAUGCUAUAUUCUCAUUAGUUUAGCGUGCAUCAGCAGACCCAGAAGUCAAUCCUUUUUUUAUUAUUAAAUAAGACUUUUGCACCUUUGAAAUUAAUAUUUAACCAGCGGUCAUUGGGCAGAUUGUGAUCAUAUUCAGUAUAAUAUCCAGCCACUUAUCAUCUUUUACGUAAAUGCAAUUUUCUCAGAGGCAAUGACAAAGACUUUAUUUGCUCAAAACUUUGAAUAGUUUGAUAGUAUUCUGACACACACACCCAGACAGACACACACACAACACACAAUGAUCAAAGCAAUCUAUAAAAGAAUGACUAAUUAAAUAUGUGUUAUUAAACCACAUAAGGGGCUGGACAUGGAAUCCCCUGAACGCUGCAAAGGGGAGACACGUUCAGAAUGAUAUUCAUUCAUAUCACUCCAUUUGUCAGGGUGCUUGACUCAACUGUAUCCCUUCCUGUUUGUAAUGCUGUCGCCUUUGAUUGAUUCUGAAGACAAAAUAGCAAAAUGUAUUAGCAUAGGAGUAUGUUAUGAGUGUGUAACAAAGACUUAACAAACGAUCAUGGCUAGAAAUAGGCUUGUGAAGUCCUGGGCUGAAAUAAAAAAAAACAAAAAAUGUCUAGUAAAACAUGAAA